CAACGGAAAAAAAGCCCAGUGUGCGACACAGUGGGAGUGAGUGAAAAAGUGCCUAGUCUGGCCACUCCUUCUCAUCGAUUCAUCCUCCUCCAUUUCUCAUCUUCAUCAGUAUCAUCACAUACAUCUACAAUCGUUUCUCUGUGUUGAGGUUCGGUAUGAUUUUCGUGAAGGCCAUGGAGGCUACCGAAAUUGAACUCACUAGACGCCCUUUCAUCUGAACUCUCUUCAAUUCUCGGUGCCUGGUUUGCAUUGACUUUGCAAAUAUCGAUCUUUUGAGUUUGACUUCUUUGAGGUCAUUUGUUUGUAUUGCUUAUACACAUUAAUAUUUUAAAGUAAAGGUUUGUUAUCGUCCUCAAAAGGCAGAUUUGAAGCUGAAGCGUAUCAUUGUGGUUCACAGGGAGUCUAAUCUCUUUUUACAAAAUUUUGGACUCCAUUAUUAGUUGUAAAUUGAUGGAGAGCUCAUUGGAAAAGGGAAGAAACAUAACUUUCUUCAUUACAUCUUGCUAUCUUUAGACGCUUUUACAUCUGCGGUCACAUAUUUUCUGGGAGGGGUUUAGCCAUGGGGUGGCGAUCAACUUUGACGGGGCCACCAAUAAAACGAAGAGCAGGAUUGCGGAUUAAACAAGCAGGGCGAGGUUCAUAUCGGGGCAGUUAGUCAGAGUUUUAGCAAUUAUUUGACUGAUUUAAGUAUUUGAUCGACUGGACUUUUUUGUUUCUGGAGAAAUUAACAUAUGGGGACUACCCCACUGAGGCAGUUCCUGUGGAGUCUGUGCCACAAUUCUUGUUGGAAUUAUGCAGUAUUUUGGAAACUUCAGCAGCAGAAUGAAAUGUUUUUGACAUGGGAAGAUGGAUGCUAUGAUCAUCUGAAACUGAGAGCAGCCAUGGAAAGCAUACUGGACGACAUCUGCUUUGAUGGAUCCAACGAGAUAGUUUCAUCUAGUUGGAGAUCAAGUAGACAUGAUGGACAUUUAGGUGAAUAUCCGAUUGGCCAAGUGGUGGCUGAUAUGGAAAGUGUUCAAUAUCCAUGGGGAGAAGGGGUUGUUGGUGAAGUGGCAUAUACAGGGAAACAUUGCUGGGUUCUAUUUGACAAUGUAGCAGCUGGUGAAUUCACAUCUAAGGUAGUUCAUGAGUGUCCAGAUGAAUGGCUACCUCAGCUUGCAGCUGGUAUCAAGACGAUUUUGCUAGUGCCUGUUGUUCCAUGUGGAGUUUUGCAACUUGGCUCAUUGGAAAAGGUUGCUGAAUAUCCGGCUUUGGUUGCUUAUGUCAGAGAGAAGUUCAAUGCCUAUCAGAAUGCAAUGGAUAUAUUACCUUUUAUCAGCAGGGAAUUUGUAGCUCAGACAUCAUUGUCACUUGUGCCUGUUGACAUGAAUAACUUGGAUGAGUCGUCAGCCACUGCUUUGAAGAAAAUAAAAUCUGAAAAUUCGAAGGCUGUUUACAAUGUCAAACCAACAAACAAUAUAUUGUCAACUACUAAUCAAAUGACACGUGUGUGUCUGGUUCAAGAUGCACGUCACAUAUCUAGAAAAGAGGUGGUAGAUAAUCUUAAUAGCACAAGGGAAAACAAAAUCAGUGUCCAAUCUAUGGGUUUAAUCGAAGUAUCACAACCACUCAAUCAAUCACUAAAUGAUACAGAGUCAGAGAUGAUUGAGGGUAGUGUGGUCGAAGUUUCUGGUUUGGACAAAGAAUUACAGUUCUCUUAUUCUGAUAACUACAAUGUGGGUUUAUUCGGACAGAACUCCAAUGUAGUUAUCAACUCUUAUUCUAAUGAACAUAUGAUGGAACAGCCGUUUGUAGACAAGGAUCCUGAUAAUGGAGGUCAUGAAAAUGUAAAUAGUUUCUUUAACUUUCCCAUGGACAAUGAGCUGCACGAUGCACUUGGACCUGCUUUCCUAGGACAGGCCAAAGAAUAUCUGUGGGACUCAUCUCUCUCAGGUGAGGAUGCAUGUAGUAGCUUAAACAAGACCUUCAAAAAAGAUCUUAACCAUGGUAUUGAGCCAUCAACCUGGGAAUCCAGUGGAUUGUUUGCCAACAGAGAUGAAGCACAUCAGUUGAAUGCUGUAGUUGCCAGUAUGCAUGGUGGUUUGAAUGAUAAUUUGUCUACAAAACCCAAUGAUGUCAAGUUAUCUAUUACAUCAAUGGGGCAAUUUGCUGCUUCCAACAAAUCACAAAGUCAACCUGAAGAAACUGCAUUUGUGGAGGGGAAAAGAGUUCCAUGGGGUUCUGUGACAAGUGCAUCCGGUGCUGGUUGCCAAAAUGCUAUUACUGAAUCUCCUCCAUCUUCUUCGUUUGACAAUAUGAUCAGUGCAUUGACUGAACAGAAGCAGAAGAAGAAAGCCAAUGGUUAUCUGCAGACCAGAAAAGGGUCAAAGCUCUCUAAUGACCACAAAAGAAGGGCUAGACCAGGUGAAAAACAGAGGUCAAGACCAAGGGAUAGGCAAUUGAUCCUGGAUAGGGUCAAAGAACUACGGCAACUUGUCCCAUACAGUUCAAAGUGUAGCAUUGAUGGCCUCUUGGAUAGAACUAUAAAGCACAUGCUGUUCUUAAGAAGUGUUACUGAUCAGGCUGAUAAAUUAAGGCAGUGUGUUCAUCAAGAGGUAAUUGGUCGGAAGAAUAUGAAAACAUGUGGUACCAAGGGUGAUAGUAAGAAUGGGAAAAGCUGGGCUUUUGAAUUGGGAAGUGAUCUCCAAGUAUGCCCCAUAGUUGUGGAAGAUCUUGAAUACCCAGGACACAUGCUAAUAGAGAUGCUUUGCAAUGAUCAUGGGCUCUUCAUGGAGAUUGCUGAGGUUAUCUGUCGUUUGGAGUUGACGAUCUUGAAGGGUAUGAUGGAGAGUCGUUCAAACAAUACGUGGGCUCACUUCAUUGUUGAGGCUUCGAGGGGCUUCCACAGAUUGGAUAUAUUCUGGCCACUGAUGCAACUACUGCAGCAUAACCAAUGUCCAAUUUCAUGCAAGAUAUAAUGGAUUUCACACCCUGGUUUGAAGGGGGUAAAAAAAAAUGCUUUCAAGUAUGAUUUCUAUCUAUCUGGGAACUUGUGUGUAACAAGUGAGUUUGUUUUAGGAGUCUACUAUCUUUCCGUGACCUGAAAUUGCUGAUAUCUGUACAUCAUCUUUGCAUGACAAAAGCAUUUUAGCUGACACGAAUGCUUGUCUGGGAUUGUUAAUUUAUUUACAAGUUCAUGGCAGUUUAGAUGCCAAUAUGCUCCUUGCUAAUAAGCAUUUGAGAAAGAAUGAAAAUGCUAAAAAAAAUAGAGAUUUAAGAUGGACACUACAGAGGAGAAAAUGAGAUAACAAUGUAGCUGUGCACUAGUGGCAGCAAUUGUCUCAGCUCUAGAAAAUCAUACCAUUUUUUGGCACAUUAUGAAAUCUUUAAAAUGGAGUUAGUCA